AUGGCGUUCACGGCACCUGGGUCGCUCUCGUUCCCUGGCGGCCAUACCGAGCUUACGCCACCACACGACUCGUUUGACAGUUCAGCAGCCGACAGCAGUCAGGAGACAACGAUGCAACCGAAUUCAGCUACGAGCUCGUUUGCUGCUGGUGGUUCGGAUGGCGGUGCAGCAGGCAACGGCGUUGUCACGCCGGCUACGCCUGCCGCGACCCCGUCUGCCGUGACGAGCGGGAGCGGCUUGGUCCCGGUGCUACAGAAUAUCGUCGCUACAGUCAACUUGGACUGCCGACUGGACCUCAAGACCAUUGCUUUGCACGCACGGAAUGCAGAGUACAACCCAAAGCGUUUCGCAGCAGUUAUCAUGCGGAUCCGCGACCCCAAGACGACGGCGCUCAUCUUUGCCAGUGGAAAGAUGGUUGUGACCGGCGCGAAGUCCGAAGACGACAGCAAGCUGGCGUCGCGCAAGUAUGCACGGAUUAUCCAGAAGCUAGGCUUUGACGCCAAGUUCACCGACUUCAAGAUCCAGAACAUUGUCGGCUCAUGCGACAUCAAAUUCCCCGUCCGGCUGGAGGGCCUGGCCUCGCGGCACCACAACUUCAGCUCGUACGAGCCGGAGCUCUUCCCCGGUCUGAUUUACCACAUGAUCAAGCCCAAGGUCGUGCUCUUGAUCUUUGUCAGCGGCAAGACGGUGCUCACAGGCGCCAAAGUCCGUGAGGAGAUCUACCAGGCCUUUGAGAUGAUCUACCCGGUGCUGCAAGACUUUCGCAAGGUGUAG